AUGGAAGACAUUUACUAGUGCUGAAAAUUUAUUACCUUUCGUGGAGGCUCAUUUCAGCCAGAGGACAAUCAUUAGCAUCCAUUGCAUUUCGGCACAAGACGGCAAGAACGAUACUUUGCAGUCCAAGGUUAUAUUAUAAAGCCAUAACGCAAAUCAAUCGAAGAAAGCUACAACCAGCGUCCUUGUGCCAGUCUUUACUUCCGAUUGCGCUUCGGAACUUGAACGUACACAGGUAUCUCUAGAUCAGCUCUCAACACUGCGAAUUCAUUUUCAAGCCAGUAAGACCACCACAUCCGAUGAUGGGUUGCAGGAGGGCGACUCGGGUGCUGCGUGCAAUGCUGGCGGUGUUUAUGGCGUCACAGGCACUGGCAGGCAGCAGGAUGUAUCGUUCAAGUGGUACCAGUGCUUGCGGCGCUCUACUCAUGAAGCGUCCUGCACCUUCUUUUGCUGUAUGUGCGAUUCACUGCAACCAAAACAUCCAGUGUGCAAGUUUCAGCUUACAGCCAAAGUUAGAGGACGGCGAGACGGUGGAAGCCCUGUGUAUAUUGUAUCAAGAAGCGGCCGGCGCUAGUGAUGGUGAACAGACUGAUAAUUGCUUCACGCUAGAAGAUGCAGUGGGAGUUAUAUCAGUCCCCCAUACCACCACCAGCUCCACCACUACUGUGACCACUAUCCCUGCUGCUUCCUCAUCUAUUGUUCCAACCAAAAUAUCAGGUGCCUCUCGACACGACAUUAUGCUUGAGUUAUCAAAGUCAUCAAUGUGCUAUUCUCAAACAGGCUCCAUCGGUAUCUAUUUCUCAUCAAGCCACUACCUCCUCUGUCAAUACUCGGACAUACACAAAUUGUUUUUCUCGACACCAAAGACUCCUUGUUCCCACAUCAAUAGAAUAGAGUGCAUGAAUGUCACAUGUGGCCACGGUGAAAUUGUUGUGGGCUUCAAGGAUGAUGGUGUCUCUGUUUUGGGGCCCUGUGCCAAGUAUUCUAGCACUGUGUCUGUGCUGGACCACAACGACUGCCACACAGUCACAGGACCUCCGCAGGGUGAGCAAGUAGAAUACGACUGGAAGAUUUGGCGGAUAUGUGGUGGAAACGAGCAAGACUUCUACCUCAUGACAGCGGUGCAUAUUAGUGAGAAUACAAACGGUAUUUUGCAGUAUGACAGUAUCAUUUGCUGUCGUGUCAAGUUAGUAUAAAGUGAACCCUUGGAAAAAAAAAAAAAAAAAAAAACUAA